UCUCUGGACAAGUCCCCUUCAUUCUGAAUGAGAAGCUGCUCUCGCUCUCUCUCUCUCUCGCUCUCUCUGAUUGUACAUCAGAGAUGAAGUCUGUUGCUGUGGUUGUCGUGAUGAUGAUGAUGAUGAUGAUGUCCUCUGCUGCUACUGUUCCUUCCUCAUUCAACAACACCAGUCAAGAGCCUAAUAACCCCAACGUAACGUCAACGAGCAAUGUGGGGUACGGAGCCAGCAGAAGCUUCACUCGCUGUUCCCUUUCAACGUGUCACACCGCCAACCUUAUGUCCAGCCUGCAGACUGGGGACGAGACAGCAGGUGGCGCCGCCAGCGACCCGUAUGGAAUUGGAAAGAAAUGACAGGAAGUGGCCGAUUAUCACAGGAUCCUCAUAAGUUCUGAUCAUCAAUGACUCCUCAACCUUGUGCUAGUUCUCACCACUCUCAUUGUUCACAUUCAUCGUUCUCUUUCUUCUCUUUCAUCGUGAGAGGAAGCUGAUAUUUAAUUUGUUAAAAAAGUUAAGUUUGUCCAUAACAGCAGCAGGAGAGGCUCAUUUUUAGACCAUAUUCAGCAGAUGAAGGAAAAAUGUGAACAGUUUUAUUUCAGAAACCCUUUCAAAGACAAAACUGUGAAAAAAUAAGGUAGAUUUUUUGGUGAUUUGGUUUAUACAAUUUUUAUCAAUCGUCCAUGUUGAAACUUGGAAUC